AUGGGAAUCAUGAACAGCUCCCUGGACGUAAAGAAGAAGGAUGAACCACUUUCCUGUGACAAAGAAGAAGACAUCUUUAUCCAAUACACUGUAGUUGGAGAGGCCCAGGGCUUUGUGGAUGUGAUGUAUCUGAUAACUGACAUCCACAGUUUACCUGUUUUCUCCGUCCCGGCGAACAGCGCUGACUUCUCUACUGAGCAAUGCUUCAGUCACAAGGUGUCUCUGGAGUUUUCUCCGUCCUCGGCUGUCCCAGGAGAGGAGACCAUCAUGCAGGUUACCACCCAGCCAGAAUCUCUGUGUGGUGUGAGCGCUGUUGACCAGAGCGUCCUCAUCAAGGAGCCAGGGAAGACUCUGGAUGCAAACAAGAUAUUUCAAUUGUUGCCGGUCAAAAAAAUAUCCUAUAUUCCAUAUGACGUUCAAGAUAGUGUAGAAUGUUUGCAUGUAAGACCAAGAAGAUAUGUCUUGCCUUACCCCAAUGGUGGUGGGACAACUGAUGCUUAUACAGUUUUCCAGAACGUAGGGAUGAAGAUGGCAACAAACCUGGUUAUCCGAGAGCCUUCAUGUCUGAAAUACAAAGGAAGAGAAUACCACCAGGGCCAUGGUGGUGUUUAUGGUGUUGGUUUAAGGUAUCAUUCAGUUCCUACCAUGGCCAGAAUGGAAGACAUAGGCCCUGCACCUGCUGGUGCUGUGUCUUCUGGUAUGUCAUCUCCUGAUAAACCACCAAUAGUGACAGUCCGCACUUUCUUCCCUGAGACCUGGAUAUGGGACCUGGUGGAAGUUGGAGAGUCUGGAAACACGGCCGUCGCGCACUCCACUGUCCCCGGACACCAUCAACCACUGGGAGACGGAGGGCUUUUGUCUGUCCCCUCAAGCCUUCUUCCUGGAGCUCAGCAUGCCCUACUCCAUCAUCGGGGGGAGCACUGUGAAUGA